UCUCCACUUACAGAGAGAACAUGAUCUCCUGGAUCCUGCUGCUCAUCCUCCUGAUCUCCUGCGUCUGUGCAGGAGCAUUAGAGGUGAAAGUGUCACAGCCCCUCUAUCAGGCAGAGGAGAACAACAGCGUCACACUGGAAUGGAAGUUCACAACUGAACCUGACAGAUCCACCAACUCUCUUUCUAUUAUCUGUGAUCAGACGACUGACCAGAAAGACUCAAAGAUCCUGUAUCACCUCCAUAAGGGCUCCGAGGUCCAAAGGUCUCAGGAUGAACAGUUUUCAGGACGAGUCCAGUGUGACGGAGACGUCCUCAGAGAAGGACGACUCAGACUUCAAGUGUCCAGACUCAGGAAUGAAGACUCAGGACAGUACAUGUGUGAAGUCAACAGAAAUAAUGAUGGAAACUUUGGAAAAUGUCAACUCAUCGUCAUUGCAGCCGCUGAUCAGCCCAAACCCCAGAGACCGACCGUGACUUCACAACCAGAGAGAGGGUUCCGAUACUGCAUCACUGUGAUCGUGAUUGUAGCGGCAGCUCUCACAGUAGCUGUGAUUACAGCAGCUGUGUUGGUCAAACUCAGCUCUGCUUCCAGAUGUGCUUAUAGAAAAUCUAUUGGUAAGACAGAAGAGCACUUAGCAGGAGAAACGUUACAUCACCCAGAGUGGGGCCUUCUCUCUGCCCCUGCACCUUGUUACCCUGUGAGUCUCUGAUCCUGCCUCCUCUCACCCCACAAUGGGUUGGACAGAUUCCUUGUGUCAGAUAAAAUAUUCAGAGUAAACUUGUACAAGGGUCAAACACAACAGGAGAGUUAAAGGUUCAGUGUGUAGAAUCUUGUGAUGUCUAGUGAUGAAGUGUCAUGUUGCCGCUGAACAGCC